UGGGCAACUGUAUAGGAGCACACCACGAGCCAACCUCUAGAGAAAGAUUUGACACGUUUGUUGUAUCCAACAAAACACAAACCCAAACCCCGAUCGAAUAGAAAAAAUAUCAUUCGACACUGUAAGACAAAAGACAAGAGAAAUGCAGCAUAUGCAGCAAAACCUUGAUCCCCAGGAAGGGACCUCAUCUGCCGCUGUUCACCCUAAGCAGCAAAACCCAAACCCAAGAGGGAAAAACAAGGCACCAAAUGGGGGGACUCCAUCUCAUGCUGCCAAACAAAAGGGUGCAAACAAGAAGAAGAUGCAGAAAAAUGCAAACCCAAACCCCAGAGCCAAAAACCCUGGACCCAAUCGAGGGCCUUGGCCACAUCAGCCCAAUGCCCACUUUAAACCCAAUAAUGGGCCUGGGCAACAUUGGCAAAAUCCACGGUUUUUGCCAAAACAAGGGCCUGUGCCACAUCAGCCCCAUCCUCACCAUAACACCAACGAUGGGCCAUCUCAGCCACAGCCUCACUUAACACCAAAUGAUGGCAGUCGUCCAUACAGUGAGACUGAUGAACUGGGUGCGCUGAGAUUCCACCUGCAGGAGGCUCAGAACAUGUGCAAAACCAAUUUUUAUAAAAUGACAGCUGCAAACCACAAAGCUGCUGCAGCUAAAACUCAGAAUGAUUGGGUUCGCUUUCAGCUACAGUGCUGCAGAGGAAAUGCUCAAAAAACCAUCCUUGAGCUCCAAACACAGCUGGAAGAGUCUCGUAGAAAGACACCCGAGGAGAAGUUCACCCCUGAGGUGAGUGAGGCUCCUGCUGAAGACAGCAACACAGCUGUCACAGCUGCAGAGCUGAGUGUGGACGCUUCAACACAAACUGCAGAAGCUCCACACACAGACUCUACAGAUGUGAAAACCGAUCGAGAAGCUGAGUUGGAGAUCCAGUGCAAAAAACAGCAAGAAGAGAUCGAACAACUCCGUGAGCAGCUCCUCAAAACUCAAAAGAAUCUAGAAGAGGAAGUUGCAAAGCGUGAAGAUCAGGAACAAAGAGCCAACUGUGAGCUCGCUGAGCUGAGAGACAAACUCAGCACCAGUGAGGCUCUUUGUGAAAAAACUGAUUUGAAGGCGCAAAACUUAAAAGAAGAGCUGGAGAAAACCAAAGCUUCCCACCUGGAAAUCAUGGAGAAGCAAAACCUGGGGAACACAACAAUCUGCAACCAACUCAAGCAAACAGAAGAAGAAAAGAUCUCACUUCUGGAGUUUUUGCAGUAUCUGCAAGAGAAAAUAGAAAAGCAAGAAGACCAGUCCAAUGUUGCCAGUCCUGAAAAUUCUCCAGCCCAAAACGAGACACUCCAGGAGAAUCAGCCAGAAAAAGAGGAGGCCAGCGCUACCAAACCAGAAAGUCCAGAGGCCCGAGAAGGCAAAGUGCCAAAAGAAAAACCAGAAAAGAAAAAGAAGCGCAACUGGUUUUUCAGACUAUUCACUUAAGUGACUUCCACUCCGUCUCCUAUAAAAUCACAGUAAUAUACAACUAAAUAUUAACAGGCACUUCCAGUGCCUAAACAUCCAUUUAAAAGCAUAUUUGCUUUAAUAUUUAGUUGUGUAUAACUUUGUCAUCGGUCCCACCACCCCCCAACCGGUCGCGGCAGAUGGCCGCCCCUCCCUGAGCCUGGUUCUGCCGGAGGUUUCUACCUUUUGAAAGGUAGUUUUU